UCUUCACUUUAUCCAUAGUAGUAUACACACUGAUUUUAUUAACUUUAAACUUUCUGUUCGGAUUUGUUUCUGAUGUGAAUUGUUUAUUCUCAUUAUCUUCAUGAGCAUGAGCUAGUUCAAGCGUCAUGCAAAUUCUCUGGAAGGUUAAAUUUUGUUUAUAGUGGAUUUAGACAAUAAUCCCGAAUCUAGGAAAUCGGUGUUCAACAGCUGUUUGUAUUCAUUUCAUAUUGUGUUACAUAAAUCUGGAGAUGUCAAAGGCUGAGCCUAGUUGGCUAGUUAAAUAACCUCUAAAAUCUCUAAAGGAAUAGCAUUAAUAGGUUUUGUUUACUUAUUAACUUAUAGUGUUGAAACAGUGAUAUAAAUAUGGCUCUCAAGAAAGUGCGGGGGACUAUGGAAAGGAUGUUUGACAAGAAUUUAACUGAUUUAGUGAGAGGAAUCAGGAAUAAUAAAGACAAUGAGGCAAAGUACAUUGCUCAGUGUAUAGAAGAGAUAAAGCAAGAGUUACGCCAGGACAACCUUGCCGUCAAAGCUACUGCUGUGGCUAAACUAACCUAUCUUCAAAUGCUUGGCUAUGAUAUGAGCUGGGCUGGAUUCAACAUCAUUGAAGUAAUGAGCUCUUCUAAGUUUACAUAUAAACGCAUAGGAUAUUUAGCAUCCUCACAGUGUUUUCAUGCUGACACAGAGCUGUUGAUGUUGACGACAAACAUGAUCAGAAAGGACCUGAACAGUCAGAACCAGUACGACGCAGGACUUGCUCUCUCUGCACUGUCCUGCUUCAUCAGUCCAGACCUAGCCCGUGAUCUGGCUAAUGACAUUAUGACACUGUUGACUUCAACAAAACCUUAUCUAAGGAAAAAGGCAGUGCUGAUGAUGUACAAAGUGUUCUUAAGAUUCCCUGAAGCCCUAAGGCCUGCUUUUCCUCGGCUGAAAGAAAAGUUGGAAGAUCCUGAUUCAGGAGUGCAGUCUGCCGCAGUUAAUGUAGUUUGUGAGCUGGCGAGGAAGAACCCAAAGAACUACCUUAGUCUUGCGCCUGUCUUCUUCAAACUGAUGACUACAUCUACCAACAACUGGAUGCUAAUCAAGAUCAUCAAAUUGUUUGGAGCGUUGACCCCUUUAGAACCUCGGCUUGGUAAGAAACUCAUAGAACCCCUCACCAACCUCAUCCACAGCACCUCGGCUAUGUCGCUGCUCUAUGAGUGCAUCAACACUGUAAUUGCAGUUCUCAUCUCCAUUUCCUCUGGAAUGCCCAACCACAGUGCCUCCAUUCAGCUUUGUGUGCAGAAGCUAAGGAUCCUCAUUGAAGAUUCAGACCAAAACCUCAAGUACCUAGGCCUACUUGCCAUGUCCAAGAUACUCAAGUCUCACCCUAAGUCUGUCCAAUCACAUAAGGAUCUGGUAAUGCAGUGUCUAGAUGAUAAGGACGAAUCCAUCAGGCUGCGAGCAUUGGAUCUGCUCUAUGGAAUGGUGUCAAAGAAGACACUGGUGGAGAUAGUGAAGAAGCUGAUGGUUCACAUGGACAAAGCAGAGGGUACGACCUACAGAGACGAGCUACUGUCCAAGAUCAUAGACAUCUGCUCACAGAACAACUACCAGUAUAUCACCAACUUUGAGUGGUAUGUGAGUGUCCUAGUAGAGCUGACCCGGAUGGAAGGUACACAACACGGACCACUAGUAGCCACACAGAUGCUGGAUGUCGCUAUCCGAGUGCAGGCUAUCCGUGGAUACGCUGUACGGCACAUGGCUCUGCUGCUGGAGAACACUCACCUUCUCACACAACCUGGCUCCAAGAUGGCCGACGUGUUGUACGCUGCCGCCUGGAUCGCGGGAGAGUUUGCAACGGAGUUAACAGAUCCGGAAGCCACGCUACAAGCCAUGCUGAGCGGCAGAGUGAACGCCCUUCCUGGCCAUAUACAGGCGUUCUAUGUGCAGAACAUACUGAAAGUGUUCUCAGUGAUCUUGGGCCAGUCUGAUGUGGAAAAGGCGAUCAAGGAGUGUGACCUGGUGAUUGAAGGGCUACUGCAGUAUGUGAGCAGUGCUGAUCUAGAGGUACAGGAGAGAGCCAGUAGUGCUGUGCAGCUGCUGCAGGUGGUACGCAGCAGACUGCAGGAUGAGGGAGAUGUUGAGCAGGUUGCUGCAGAUAUUGCAGCACUCUUCAGUGGAGAACUCAACCCGGUCGCUCCAAAGGCUCAGAAGAAAGUGCAAAUACCCGAAGGUUUGGAUCUGGACGCUUGGAUCAAUGAGCCUCCGCCUCCCUCAUCAGAAUCGGAGGAAGAAGAAGAAGCAGAGGCGACCAACCCUGUAGCGGACAUCUUCAUCAAGACAUCAGAGCCCAAGAGUAAUCCUGAACCUACUGAAGAACAAUUGAAAAAGAUGAGGGAGGCAAGGAAGGUAGAACAAUCUAUGAAUCCUCACUAUCUCAAGAUGACUGACUCGGUUUCCAACAUCCCGGUUGCUCCAAUAGAUCUGCAGGUUCCGCUGAAAAUAACAUCAGGUCUCACUUACCAAAACAAGAAGACGCAAAAGAAGUCUAAGAAACGCAAGAAGAAGAAAAGUACAGGACAAGUAGAAGAUCAUAGUUCAGACGAGGAAACUGUGGAACCUAUUCCAGUUGAGGUCAAUCGAGGGGUCGGGGAGAUGCCUGAGGGAGCUCAAGACUCUGACGGAGGUGACAGUGAUGCCAGGGACCACGACGAUCCUCAUAGAGCUCUCGACAUCAAUCUAGACGAACCGUUGAGAGAAGAAGAGAGGCUUCCAGUGUUAGAACAUAGGUUUACAAAUACUCCGAACCCUCCUAAAUCUCGCCAGUCCAAAAAGAAAGAAAAGGAAGUGCCUUCAAUGUUGUUAUUUAACGACGAGUACCAAGAAGUUCCAUCCGAGUACCAAGAAGUUCCAUCCACAUCUAGUCAUAAAACUAAGAAAACUAAGUCGAAGAAAAGCGUAGAAAAAAGUGAAAAACCAAAAAAGCAGAAACACUCAUCGUCAAAGACAAAGAAAGACAAGAAGAGACACAGAGGCGAAGAUGAGUUGGUGAAGCUGAAGGAAGGAUAUGAAGAGGCUCUGGGAAUAUCAACUCCUUCCAAGGAGAUCUUCUGUAUCCCAGACAAACCUGUCAUCUCCAGACUAGCAUGCAACAAGGUCUUGACUGUGGACUAUGAGGUGAGGGCUCAAGACGACAGACCGGACAUUGGUCCGUACGUUUGUGUGGGACUCAGUCUGGCCAACCACAGUUCUGCUUCUAUGAGGGACUUUGAGAUUACUCUGUCUCACUCAAAAGACAUCAAAUUUGUACAACAGAACGGUCAAGACGAGAUGAGCAGAAAGCUGCGGGUCCAAGUGAACGGCAACAGUAGUGAAGUGGCUCAGUUACUGGUGGAAGUGGCGGACACGACGAGGCCUCAUAAAGUCAGAGGGACUUUGACUUAUAUACAUCAGGUUCAAGACGGCAGUGCUGUCCAAGACAAGGUAGACUUCUGGCUGCAAGUUGGAGUGACGGCUUUCCUGAGAGAUACCAAGAUAAGCCAGGAUGCGUUCUCUAGUCUCCUGUCUGAAGGUCAACUGACGCACCAGAGUAGUAUCACACUACGUCCCGUGGUCGCUAGGGACUUUCCUCAGAUGGUGAGUUUAGUGAGCUCCAAAUGUCGUCUGACUGUAGUAGAGCAAGUAGAUCAAGCCGCCUCACUGUUCACCACCUCCUUAUCGGGACACCAGGUUUGUCUACUAGUCAAGUCAGACCCGCAACAACUCACAGUUCAAGCCAAGAGUUCCUCCGAGAGCUUGGCUCAGUCACUGCUCAUCGAGAUACAAACUAUCUUGUCCACUUGACCCACCUCUAGAUAAACUUGUAACUCGGUUUUUGGAAGAAAGAACGCUUGGCUUAGGAUUAGGAAUGCUUUGAGGAAGGAAUGGAUGGUAGAUCUAAAUUAUUCAUGAAAGAAAUUCCAGAUAGCAUGCAAAAAGUAGUCCAACGUUAACGUUUCGUCCUCUGAGGGGGCUGCUUCUCUGGGAGGUAGUAGAAUGGGAGUUUUAAAAACUUCUGUUCUACUACUUAUUUUUAAGGAAGCCCUUUAGAGUUAAAAUAUCAAGUUAAUCAUUGUGAACUUUUUGUGUGCUAUUAUCUGCCUGGAAAUCUGUUCAUGAGUGAGAUAGUCUCUCAAAAUGUGUAUUCAUUACUUUUUCUUGAUAACUUGUUACUUGAAGUUUCAACUGCUCUUAGGCUGGAAAUAUUUAACUUGAUUGUUCUGUCAAAGACAAAGAUAACUUCCCAAAGUAGUAGAAUGAGUAAAAUGUUAUCUGUAACAGUUUUUACAAUAGUGAUGUUGCCUGAUUACGUUAUUUAAAACUUCUAAUCAAACUAAUUAUUUUUAUUAAAGUUGUAAGAUUAAAAUUUAAAAUUUGAAAAAGAUCAGUUUAAAAUGCAAUGCCAUGCAAGUGUACUUCAAUAAUGCAAGUAGUCCAAAAGCAAGCAGUUUUUUUUUAUUAUUUUGUGUUAUGAUUAAAGGACAAAAAUGCCACCUCAAUGAAUGCAAAUUGAAGUAUUUGUUUAUAAUAUUCUCAAUUCGGUAUGCUUGAGGUGAUAUGUCCAAUACAUGAAUGACACAUUCCAAUAUUUUAUAUGGUGUUAUACUGUCGUAUGUAUGCAUUACUAUCUUGUACAUAAUUGAAUGCUCGGUAUAUUAUUUUGAGGUGUAUUUCUUGGUUUAGUUUGUUAUCGAAUGUACUCUAUUCUUGUUAUUAUAUAGAUUUAUAUUAUUAGAAAAUGUGUCUUAAUCUUGUUUUUGUACAUAUGCAUAAAUUAUUAGUUUUAAUCCAUUACAGUAAAAACAUUUAUUCGUGUAAUGAUUUACGUUUUAUCAGAUCAUUAUAUUAACAAUACAAAUAUAUCAAAGUGAGAUAAUUUAAAUUAUGAAUGAAAUAGUUAAACAUUGUUUUAUUGUAUUUUUUCACAAUUUUUUUAGUUUUUUUUUUAUUGGAAACUUGCAAAAUUGCAUAGUAGGCUAAGUUACAUCUUCCAAAUGUCUCAAAAAAACUUAUCAAGUAACGAAUAUUUUAUUUUAAUCCCACACUCGUUUGAUAAGGUAUCUUAUAAACAAUCUGUCAAUUGUAUUUUCUUUUAUCAAAACUUGAAGUAUUAUAAAAAUUAAAUCAAUCAUUGUCACAAACCAAUUGCUACCCUUCUGGUUGGGAUUUCUAAUUUUUACAGAUAAGCUACCAUGAAAAAUUAACGGUUGACUGAAAUAGUCAAAUAUUAAGUAUAUGAGUUUCAUUGCAGAUAUGCAAGUAUGAAUUAUUUAAUAAUUUCACAGGCAUGUGUUCAUUUGUUUACAUUUUUAGCUGUUAGUUUUUUUUUAUACAUAAACAUAUAAUGUUUACUAAAUAAAUAUAAAUUAAGUCAAACUUAUGGUCAAAUAUUUUUGGUGCCUAAAGUGAAUCUUUUCAAACCGAGCUCAAUUUGCACGAGCGAGGAGAAGCCGAGGUAAAAUAAGAGCGAAGAUUGAAAAACCUUUUUUGCCUAUGUGAUCAACUAUAUUUGUUGUCAUAAUGCACCACUAUGCAAACUUAGUUAGAAAACUAAAAUACUUUUUAUCUUAAGAUAUCGUCUCAAAACGUUUUCCAACAUCUUUUUUUAAUUUUGCUAAAGCAAACAAGCAGCUGUUACGUAAUUGUAUCAAAAAGUAAGUAAGUGAAUCAAAAAGCUUUGGCUCUCAUCAACCUUAAAACAAGCCUGGUUACGCAAAUAUGAUAAAUCUGUAUACUAGUGCAAUUUAUUUAUAACGUUAAACCAUCUAUUAAUUUCCUUACACGAUUACUACAAUUAUUUAUAUAAUUACUGAAACUGUUAUUUAUAUACAUAAUAAAUGAGUUUUGUUUUUUAA